AUCCUCUACCCACUUCUGUUCAUGAGUUGGGCUGUAGUGCUGCAUUACUGUCCUAAUCUUACUGAGUAGGGAACUCUGAACUGGAUUUGUAUGCUUAUGUUAUUUAAAAAAAAAAAUUAAUAGUUUUAUAUACCUAUUCACUUUUCAAAAUGGAAAAACUAGUCAAAGUUAAGAAACCUACAGAGGAGGAAUUGAUUCACAACACUUUUAAUGCCUUACGAACAGAACAAAGACAACUUGCUACAAAAUUAUCAGAAAUCGAGCUCGAUCUCAAUGAACAUAGCAUUGUUAUUGACACUUUAAACAAGUUGGACGACGAAAGAAAAUGUUUCAGACUGAUAGGCGGAGUGUUAGUUGAAAGGAAGAUUUGUGAUGUACUACCUACUUUAAUUAAAAAUAGAGGAGAAAUGGGUAAAAUUGUGAAAACAUUGAAUGAACAAUUAACUAAAAAAGGAAUUGAAAUCAAUGACUUCAAGAAUAAGCAUAACAUACAAGUUAGAGGUGGAGCUACCUCAAUGUCAGAAGAAGUUGAAAGUCAAAGUGUCGAAAAAAAAGCUGACCAUGGGGGUUCAGUAAUUGUUAAUAAUGUUUGAUUUUACUAUAAUGUUCUAAUGCGCUUCAUAUUUUACAUAUAACUAUACUUUUGGGUAGUGUAUUGUAAAUUAUUAUAUUGCCUUGUGUAACACUCAAAAUACUCAAAUUAAUUUUUAAGUGAAAAUAAUGAAAUGUCCACCCAAUUUUGAUGUAUUCAUUUUUGUAUUAAUUAAGUUUAUUAAUAAACGUUAACAUUUUAACUAGUUCA